AGCGCAGAUGAUGGUUGUUUUGUUUCCGCGAAGCGAAUUUGUGUAUUGCUAAGUGACGAGUGUCCGUCGUACAGACGGCAAACAAUAAAAAUGCCAGCCUUCCUUAAGCACAUCGAGGUAGAGAAUUUUAAAUCCUACAAAGGCAAACUCACUAUUGGACCGCUGAAAUCUUUUACUGCGGUCAUCGGUCCAAAUGGAUCCGGUAAGUCAAAUUUUAUGGAUGCCAUUAGUUUUGUCAUGGGAGAGAAAACCAGUAGCUUGCGUGUCAAGAGAUUUAACGAACUUAUCCAUGGAGCGUCCAUUGGUCAACCUGUGUCAAGGAGCGCAUCUGUCACUGCUGUUUUUGAACUUGAAGAUGGCACAGAAAAGAGCUUUAUGCGGUCCGUUCAUGGAUCUUCCUCGGAACAUCGCAUCAAUGGAAGUAUUGUCACAAGUCAAGUUUAUUUAAAUGAAUUGGAACAUCUUGGCAUCAAUGUCAAAGCCAAGAAUUUUCUAGUUUUUCAAGGUGCUGUCGAAUCAAUAGCCAUGAAAAAUCCAAAAGAAAGAACCACGUUAUUUGAAGAAAUCAGCAACUCUGGAGCUUUGAAAGCAGAGUAUGAGCGCUUGAAAGCAGAAAUGUUGAGAGCCGAGGAGGAGACUCAAUUUUCAUACCAAAAGAAAAAGGGUAUAGCAGCUGAAAGGAAAGAAGCCAAGCUUGAAAAAGAAGAAGCAGAAAAAUAUCAGCGUCUGAAGGAAGAGUACAUAGAGAAACAAGUUGAACUGCAACUUUUUCGAUUAUAUCAUAAUGAAAGAGAAAUUGAAAGCUUGGAAACUUCAUUGGAAAAAAAAAAGUAUGAGAUUGACAAGAUUGAAAAAAAGCGCGAAAAAGCCGAGGAAAUUUUGAAGGAAAAGAAGAAAGAGUCGGGCAAAUUGGCCCGUGAAUUAGCGAAAAUUGAACAAGAUAUCAGAGAAGUUGAGGUGGAAAUUACAAAAAAGAGACCAGCAUUUAUCAAAGCCAAAGAGCGUGUCGCUCACAUGCAAAAAAAGUGUGAAUCGGCAAAAAAAUCCUUGGCGCAAGCACGAGUAGCUGACGAAGCUCACAAGAAAGACAUAAAUGAACUGCUGGAGGAAUUGAAACAAGUUGAAGAGGCUAAGGCUGCUUAUGAAUCUAGUAUUGCUGCCCAAUCACAAAGCCAAGGCAGAGACGUACAACUAGAGGAUGAACAGGUACGCGAGUACAAUAGGUUGAAAGAAGAAGCUGGAAAGCAAUCUGCAAGGUACACACAAAUGCUUGAUUCAAUUAACAGGGAACAAAAAUCUGAUCAAGAUAGGUUGGAUAACGAGGGCAGGAAAAAGACAGAUAUUGAAAAUAAAAUAAAGCAGAAAGAGCAUGUGCUUGAAGAGGCGACCAAGCGAAUUGACAAAUUAGAGGAACACAUUCGUACGUCGGAGACUGCUCUGGAGGAACAAAAGAAAUUGCGCGGUGAUUUGCAGUCGGACGUUGGUAGCUCAAAAGAUAGAAUUCAAGAGCUACAGACAGAAUUGGAAAGUAUUUCAGAGCAAUUAGGCGAUGCCAAAGUUGACAAGCAUGAAGUGUCAAGAACAAAGAAAAAAACUGAAAUCGUUGAAAAUUUUAAGCGACUAUUUCCUGGUGUGUAUGACCGUAUGUACAAUAUGUGCGAGCCAAUUCAUAAACGUUACAACGUCGCCAUUACAAAAGUGCUUGGCAAAUACAUGGAAGCCAUUGUCGUUGACACGGAGAAAACUGCUCGACAGUGUAUUCAAUAUUUGAAGGAACAGUAUCUCGAGCCUGAAACGUUUUUGCCUUUGGACUACAUUCAGGCUAAACCAUUGAAGGAGCGUCUUAGGAAUAUCCAAGAACCAAAAGGCGUUAAAUUGCUCUACGAUGUUUUACGCUUUUCACCAAAAGAUAUUGAUCGCGCCGUUUUAUUCGCGACCAACAAUGCUCUAGUUUGCGAAACUCCCGAAGAUGCCAAUAAAGUAGCUUAUGAGAUGGAUAAAAAAGCAAGAUAUGAUUGCGUAGCUCUUGACGGAACAUUUUAUCAAAAGGCUGGCAUCAUCUCUGGAGGUAGCUUGGAUUUGGCAAAGAAAGCAAAGAGGUGGGAUGAGAAACAAAUGUCUCAAUUGAAAGCUCAAAAGGAAAAAUUGACGGAAGAGCUCAGGGAGGCUCUUAAGAAAUCUCGCAAAGAGUCUGAAUUAAACACAAUAGAAUCACAGAUUCGCGGAUUGGAAACUCGUUUGAAAUAUAACAAAAGUGAUCUAACGGCUACGAGGAAGCAAAUUAACGAGCUGAAUUCAGAGUUGACAAAAUUACAAGCGGAGUUGGACAAGUUCUUGCCAACAAUAACAGCUAUUGAAAAAACAAUGGCUGAGCGUGAUCAGGAAAUUCAAAAUAUUAAAGAGAAAAUGAACAACGUAGAAGAUGACGUGUUUGCUAGUUUUUGCGAGUCUAUUGGCAUUUCCAACAUUCGUCAGUAUGAAGAGAGAGAAUUAAGAUCCCAGGAAGAAAGAGCCAAAAAACGCAUGGAAUUUGAAAACCAGUGCAAUCGUAUUCAAAAUCAGUUGGACUUCGAGAAACAACGAGACACUGAAAGCAACGUAUUGAGAUGGGAGCGUGCUGUGCAGGAUGCUGAUGACAAGUUGGAAUCUGCUAAGCAGACUGAAAAAAAUCAAAAAGCAGAAAUUGAAAAUGACGAGAAACAGAUGGAGGAUCUGAAGCAGUCUAGGAAUCUUAAGAAGAGAGAAGUAGACGACAAAGAAGAUGAAAUUGGCAAAUGCAGGCGUGAUGUCGGUGCUAUUGCCAAAGAUAUUCAAGCGGUUAAUAAACAACUCAAUUCUAUAGACAACAAAAUUGAACAGAGAAAGGGCGAACGUCAUGCUAUUCUUAUGCACUGCAAGAUGGAAGACAUUGCGAUCCCAAUGAUUCGUGGAAAUAUGGAAGACAUUGCUGGAGAUACAAGCACUGUCAACGAAUCCAAUACUGACUCUAGUAUCAAUUCACAAAAGCAGUUCGAGAGGGAAAGACGCAUUACGAUAGACUACUCUUUGUUACCUGAAAAUCUAAAAGAUGUGGAUGAAGAGGAUCUUAAAAAACAGACGGAUAAACUGACGAAAAUUAUAAAUGAUUUACAAACCACAAUUCAGCGUAUUCAAGCGCCAAAUAUGAAAGCCAUUCAGAAAUUGUAUCUGGCUAAAGAAAAGCUGCAAGAGACGAACGAAGAGUUUGAGCAGCUGCGCAAAAAGGCUAAAAAGGCAAAAACCCAAUUUGAAAAGAUUAAAAAAGAAAGAUACGAUAGAUUCACUACUUGCUUUGAACAUGUAGCCAAUGAAAUUGAUCCCAUUUAUAAGAGUUUAGCUAAAAAUCAGUCUGCUCAGGCCUUCUUGGGACCAGAAAAUCCAGAGGAGCCUUACUUGGAUGGUAUUAAUUAUAACUGCGUAGCCCCUGGUAAAAGAUUUCAACCCAUGUCAAAUUUAUCUGGCGGUGAAAAGACAGUUGCAGCUUUAGCUUUAUUAUUUGCCAUUCAUAGCUAUCAGCCUGCUCCGUUUUUUGUAUUGGAUGAGAUUGACGCUGCUUUGGAUAACACCAAUAUUGGAAAAGUUGCCAGCUAUAUUAGAGACAAGACCAAUUCUCUUCAAACGAUUGUUAUAUCUUUAAAAGAAGAAUUUUAUUCACACGCAGAUUCACUUAUUGGCAUUUGUCCGGAUGUUGGAGAAUGCCUAGAAAGUAAAGUGCUAACGUUAGAUUUGACGCAGUUCCCUUCACAUGUUAGUUAAUUUACGACAUUCUCUAAAAAUGUUUACUUUAUUCAUCCAUGAGCUUGUAUUUUUUAUACUAUUCAUGUAUGUGUAAAAUGAUGAUAUACCUAAAAGGUAUGUGUAAGGAACGGAGAUAUGGCUAAUUAAGUAAAUAUACUCUGUAGUAAGAUAAAGAUUAUUUCUGAUUUUUCAACGUCUUUUUGACUUGACGAAAUAUUGAAUUUAUUAAACAAAAGUAUUUCGAUAAUACAUACCUACUAUUUAAAAAAAGUAAAUUUAUUGAGAACCGAAGAUGUUUUCGUCAUUGUAAUGGCAAGAAAUAAUACACAAAUAAACACAAAUAAAUUUUAAUUGCAACUGCUUGAUUGUUUCGUUUGGGUGCAAAUUUGAGUUAUUUCAUGAUGAUAUGGAUUAGAAAUAAUAGUCAACUUUAGAUCACCUUUACUGUUGAUCGUAAGAUAGUUAUUUUUUUAUACACACCUAACUUUUUUUGUCGACUUAUCUGAUUUCCACCAUUUUAUUAUUUGUAUAAUUAAUAAAACAAUUCUCAAAACAUAGCAUC